AGCAAGUGACACUCAUCGCAUCAUUCAAGGCAAAUAGACCUAUUUCAAUAUGACCUUCGUGGUUCUGAUGGGUGAUUCCAAUACACAAAAUGCAUAUAAUCAAAUUGGUUUCGCGUCUUGUGCGACCAACGUCGAUCGGACGUCUUAACAGUCAGUGUGAUAUGCGAAAAACGCGCCAUAAUGUUCAAAUGUGCCUUUGUUCUGCUGAUUUCGUCGCUUUGGCUUGAAAAGGGAGUGAUUGCUUACGAUGUGGCACUAGUUGAGUAUUUUUAUGACACGGAAAUUUUCCUCAACCUUUCACCGUUGGACGCCGCAAACAGAAACGCUAAAAAAUACAACGAGAUUGUGGGAGCAAUCAAGCACGAUCAUGAGAAACUUGACCUAGUAGUAUUUCCUGAGGCUACAUUGGUAGCCGAACCUUUGGAUACUCCAUCAGGAAGAUUAGCCAUGACUUUUGUACCAAAAGCUGAAAGCAAUAUAAUUCCUUGCGAUGCUUCCAACAAGAAGUACUCAGACUUCUUCAAGUUACUGUCGUGUACCGCACGAAAAUAUCGUACCUAUUUGGUCGUAAACUUGAAGGAAAAAGACGACGAAGGUGGUGUAUUGAAGUUUUAUAACACUGAUGUUGUUUUCGACAGGGAUGGUAAAGUAAUUGCAAGAUACCGCAAAAACAACCUAUACCUAGAGCCAGACACCAACAGGCCAAAGGUACCUGAACUUGUUACUUUCGAAACCGAUUUUGGAAAAACGUUUGGCAUUUUCACUUGCUUCGAUAUCAUCUUCGAAUCACCCCCCAUUAAAUUGGUGCGAAAGGGGGUGAAAAAUUUCAUAUUUCCAACGCUGUGGAUCCCGGAAUUACCAUUUCUAACCACUAAUCAGGUUCAGCAAAUGUGGGCACAAGGAAAUGACGUCAACUUGUUGGCAUCAGGAGCUGCUCUGCCGAGGUUUGGAUCAGGAGGUCUAGGAAUUUAUCUUGGUAAUAAUCUGACAUUAGCCAAAGCAGUCACUCCAAGGACAGACAAUUUUUACCUUUAUGAAAAGAUUCCUGAUAAAACCAAUAAUUUAAACCCAGCAUGCUCUACCAAGAUAAAUGACAAAACUGCCAAGGAAAUGGAUAAAUACACUCUAUACAUUGAAGAUUUAACUAACUACUCCUAUGAAAAAUUAGAUCUUGAAGGACCGAAAACGAUCAAUAAAAAGUUGUGUCAGAAAGAUUUUUGCUGCGAUUUCAAAAUCGAAGUGGAUAAGGUCAGUGCCAAUACGAAGAUGAAUAAAAAAACUUACGAAUAUUUCAUGGUAAUCAGAAAUGGACUGAGGACAUACGGUAAUAAUGUUUAUAGGAAUGCCUUAGAGACCUGUGGAAUAGUAGCUUGUCCAGGACCUACCAUAAAAGACUGUGGAAAAAGAUUUCCGGACUACGAUGAGAUUUCUUGGCCUAUUUCAUUCCAGAAGAUCAGCAUCUCAGGCGUUUUCAGUAAUUCAGAAAAGAAUAUGCAAUUUCCCAAUUCCCUACUUGCUGAUUUCUCCCCAAUCUCACCCGCAUGUACAGCAUGGGUGAGCGAAACAGAUAAACUCAGAUCCACAGUCAAAAAGACUUUUUCCACGAAGAACCCCGUUUCUAAACUUCUAACUUUCGCUAUAUUCGGAAGGAACUACGCCAUGGAUGCCAACUAAAAACAGAAAAUUUUCCAGUAUGGAUAAAUAUUUUUUCUAAGCGUUAAUCCCGAUGUUGAUCCAUAUAGAGAUAAAAUAAUAAUGUUGAAGUUCAUUCUACUGAUGAAAUGAACAACAAAGACAUAGCCAAUAUUCCAGGUUCAAAUAAAGGUUCAAAAAUUGA